CACGACCAACUGGCAUGGUUAAGUUAAAAAUUUACAAGUCAUAUCUCCGCGCCUAUGGAAAUAUAUUUUAUUGGUUGAUUGUUGUUGUAAUGCUUCUUGGAACUAGAGGAAUGCAGAUAAUUGAAAAUUGGUGGCUUCAAGUUUGGUCAAAUGCCAGCAGUACCGAGAUUGUUCCAUCAGUCUUCAAUUUUGUUCGACGGGAGAGUUCGAUUAUAAUUAAUGGAAUAUUCGACGAUCUUUAUAAGCCACAUAGUGUUGAUUAUUAUUUAAAUAUAUACGUGUUUAUUACAUUAUUAUCAAUUGUUAUUGGUGUCGUGCGUUUUAUUAGUAUAUAUUACGGAUCUUUGAAAGCGUCUAAAAAGCUUUAUCAAAAACUACUUCAUCAAGUUAUUCGUGCCCCAUUAAGGUUUUUUGAUACAACCCCAGUUGGAAGAAUUCUUAAUAGGUUCAGUAAGGAUUUUGAAACAAUUGAUAGCUCUUUAUCAGCUGGUAUUUUUAUUUUGUGGAACAUUGACCGAAUUGAUGCGGGUUUGGCUGGCUUGUCCUUAUCAUUUGCAAUGCAUUUCACUGAGCAAAUAAUGUGGACUGUUAGAAAUUAUACUUCACUUGAAAUGAGUUUGAAUGCUGUUGAAAGAGUAUACGAGUUUUCUGAAAUCCCUCAAGAAGCCCCAGCUAUAAUUGAACCGAGACCACCUGCUCACUGGCCACAUAGUGGUGCAAUAACGAUACAAAACUUGGAAGUUAAAUAUGCUCCUGAUCUAGAGCCAGUACUUCAUCAUAUUUCAUUCCAUGUGGAAGGUCAAGAAAAAAUUGGACUUGUUGGGCGUACUGGGUCUGGAAAGUCAACGAUAACAUUGGCAUUGUUUCGUUUCGUGGAGCCAUCAGAUGGAAAAAUUUUAGUUGAUGGAAUUGAUAUUUCAUCAGUCGGUGUCGAAGAUCUUCGAUCGAGAAUAACUAUAAUUCCUCAGGAUCCUAUAUUAUUUACUGGUACAAUACGGUCAAAUCUUGACGCUUUUUCUCAAUAUGAGGAUAGUGAUAUAUUAGAAUCUCUGAUACGUGUUCAUUUAAUUCCUUCGAUAGAAGAUGAGGAGACUAACUCAUCUUCAGAAGACAAUAUCAAUGUAUUUAAAAAUUUGGAUACACCUGUAAGUGAAGGAGGAAAAAAUUUUAGUCAGGGUCAAAGGCAAUUAUUAUGUCUGGCUCGGGCUUUGUUAAGAAGUUCAAAGAUUAUAUUGAUGGAUGAAGCCACCGCGAGUAUUGAUUUUGCAAUGGAUGAAAAGAUUCAAAAAAUGAUACGGACUGAAUUUGCUGACUGCACAGUACUAUGUAUUGCACAUCGGCUACGUACUGUUAUUGAUUACGAUAAGAUUCUAGUUAUUGAUCGAGGAAAUGUAAUAGAAUUUGACAGCCCAUACAAUCUAAUUACCGAUAGCAAUUCCUUAUUUUACCGAAUGUGUCAAAAUUCCGGUGAAUUUGAUUUACUACAGGCGUUGGCUUUGAAGCAAAACAAGGCUAAUAAUACAUAG